UAAGUGCUAGAGUUCCUGGCUGAGGGGGUGUCCGGUUACCCGUCUUCCUCCAGCCUCGGUCUGGGGACCUCUCCCUGCGCUGCCCGGGCACGUAGCGAGGCUUUUCUGGCUCUCUCUGGGUCUUUCUCGAACAUUCUGUUUUUCAUUUUAAUUUUUUACAACUGGACAGAGAUGAGCAUCGAAACGCUCCUGGAGGCAGCCAAGUUUUUGGAAUUGCAAGCCCAGCAACAACAGAAAGCACGUGAAGAUGAACUAAAGGAAAAGCUUCAUCUGGAGCUGGUGACGGUGCAGAGACAGUCAGAUGUGAUAUAUAACUCAACAAUCAACAUCAACAAUGUCUGUAAAGCAGAGGUGCUCCGCACUGAGUGCUGCCCGCCCCCCACGCCGCCCUCUCUGCCCCCCGCCUCCAUGCCUAUUGCUGUCAUUCCCAUCCCCGUGGUCACCCCCAACCCUGCAGGCUCUCCCACUCUGCCUCUGGCCAAACUCUCCCCUUCAGCCGCUCCUCCACUGGCCUCCCCAAAGAGAGAACCUCACUCCCCUCAGGAGGAAAGUGCCGUCGGCCUGCUGAGCCCUUCACAGCCCAAACCUGAGCACCUAACCACUGUGCUGACCGCCAGCCACAAGCAGUCCAUACAGAACCAUCACCACCCACAGCUCAUCGCCCCAACUAACAAUACUAAACUACAGCAGCAGCUGGUCCAACGCUAUCCUGGCUCCAUCGUGUCACCGCCACAGCAACACGCCUUACUCCCACAGCUGGGCCCUGUGCUCCAGCAGGCUCCACUACAGAACGGCUCCAUCAGCCGGGGGAGUCCUCCCGAUGACGGCCGCCUGCUCGACAACAAGAAGAGGCCUGGAGGGGCAGGCACAAGAGAAGUGCACAACAAGCUUGAGAAAAACAGACGAGCACACUUGAAGGAGUGUUUCGAGACACUGAAAAAGAACAUCCCCAACAUCGACGAGAAGAAAACCUCCAAUCUGAGCGUGCUGAGGAGUGCACUGAGAUACAUUCAGACGUUGAAGCGGAAAGAGAAGGAGUACGAGCAUGACAUGGAGCGACUGGCCAGAGAGAAGAUAGCCACGCAGCAGCGAUUAGCAGAGCUGAAGAAUGACCUGGGCCAAUGGAUGGAUGUUAUUGAGAUCGAUCGUGUCCUCAGACAGACGGUUCAGCCUGAGGAGGACCAGGUCUCGACCUCGACUGCCUCAGAAGGUGAAGACGUUAUGGAAGAUGACUUAGAUGAGGAAACUGCACCAAGAGCACAGGCAGCCUUACCCAUAGUGCCUCAAACCAUGAAACCUGAGCUGCACAAGAGUUCAGCACCUGCUCAGAACCCAACCCUGACCCCAGCCAGCACCACUACCUCCUUCAUCACUCAACACAUCUCCAUCCAGCACAAACCCCGUCUGCAGCCUCAGCCGCUCCAUCUUCCACAGCCGGUUCCCAAGUCUGCAGCUUUACCAACACUCACCAUAUCCAGCACUCCCUGCACCCCCAGUCAACCCCUGAUCCAGACCCAGAUGGUGACGACGCCCAGCCUACACCCGACAGUAAUCGCCCACGCUUCAGUGUCCCAUCCUUCAGUCAUCCAAGCAGUCAACCAUGUCAUCCAUGCAGGGGGUCCCAAACACAUUGCCCACCUGGCUCCCUCCACCACAACGGCUGUCCAGUUAGCCCCCGGCCACCAACCCAUCGGUCACAUCACCGUUCAUCCGGUGGCUCACCUGACCCAGCAUCUCCCUACCCUCUACCCCCAACAGGUGUCUGUCACACAAUCGGCUGUGAUGGGUCACAUCAACCACACAUUAAACCACGCCCACCCCCAGGUGAAUGGCACGACACCUAACCAGGCAGCUGCCACCAUCAUUGGCAAGCAGACAGCAGUGAGCACCCAAAUGGUGACCCACCACCCGCAGCUGGUGGGUCAGACAGUGCUCAACCCUGUGACAAUGGUGACCAUGCCCUCCUUCCCCAUCAGCACUCUGAAGCUGGCCUGAGCACUGCUGACGGGACCACCGGGUGCAGAGACGCCCCCACGACGGGACAACCACCGGCCUCGGACCAGGCCAUUUGCCAGCCCACAGUGACGGCAGGAGAAAUGACAGAACAUGAAGCAUUACAGCUGUUAAAAAGCAACCAGGAUCAUUCCUAAAACAAAGUAAAAACCCUUCAGUACCACAGUGUUCUGAAACCUGGGAUAUACAUGUCUGCAUGUGAUGGUCGUCGUGUUGAGUGUGUGUGUGUGGAAAUACACAGGGGGCACAUCUGCAGAUUUAGUUACUGACGAUGGAGAAGCAAUAGUCUAUUUCACAGUCACAUUUUACAAGAACACCGCCUUAUAGGGAAGAUGUAAAGUACAGCACAGUGUCCAGCUUCCUGCGAUAGUAUGUCUGUAGGUUGGUGGUUAGACUCCCUCUUAUCACUUCGACUGCUGUGGAUCAACCAAUAGCAGCUCAUGCACUAGAGAGGCUACAGCGAGGUUUGAGAGCCGUGACUGUGUAAGAUCAGAGUGUUGGAGCAGCCAUAGGCAGCACGUUGGGAAUGUGAUUUAGGAGAGCUCCUCCUCUCCAGCAGAGGCACAUGCUGCAGGGCUGGAGCUAAACUGUGGCCUGAACUCCAUCUCCUGCACUGGAGCGGCAGUCCUCAGUGAUCACACAUGAAGCAACAGCUUCACCUGCUGGCUGUUGGGUUUAUUAAUACUACUAUUCCUGUAAUGGUGGAAAGAAUUUCUCUAAAUGAAAUACAAUGGUGAUGGUAGUCACCUAGAGAACACGCAGUUUUGGAAUCAAAGGACAAUCAACUUGUACUUAGCUCUAAUAUUUGUCUUUCAAACAAACAAGCAACUGAGCAAAAGUGCAAGUUUAAGGAUAAAGUUUUUUUUGUCACUGCUGUUUGAAAAAAUUAUUUUGCCAAAUAGGAUCAUUUUCCACAUCUUCAUGACCCCUGCAUUCAAAUGUCACAGCACACAGUGGCUUAUUUAAAAAUGUAAUAUGACAGCGGAAAAAAACACAGUCAAAGUUGAGUGUUUAGAGAUUAUGAAUGUGAAAACCUAAAAAAAGGUCCAUGGAAAUAGUGAAGUGUGUUUCUGUGCUGUCUUGUAGGGCAAAUGGUGUAGACUGUGUUUGCAUGCUGUGGAUGCAUGCCAUGGCUUAGUUUAUGUAAUGAUUAUUUGCAAAGUGAGGACAUCGCUGUGGUUGCCGUAAGAUUUGUUUUUGGCUCAGAGCUGAACCUCUGUCAUUCAUACGUUUGGGUUGAGAUCAGUACAAAGUGAUUUCAGCAGCUGACAUAAAUCCAAUCAUUGUUUUUUCAAUACCAUCCUUUUUUCAAAGCUAGCACUGUGAAAAUCAACGUUUGUCUCAAUGAGCAGCAACCCCACAGUUCAGCGUAGCACUUGAACAGCAACACGCUGUGCUCUGAUUUAAUCUGAAUGUACUGAUCGGCAAAAGGAUACUGAGCAGCGCACUCACCAGAAGUUUAUACCUUUUUUGGGGGUUUUUAAUAAAAAAAAAAGAAAUGAUUACUUUAUUAAAGUAUCAUGUGUAUGUAAAGUGUAACAUUUAAAACAGAUUUUGUACUACGAGAUUUACUGUUUCAUCUAGAGCAUAACUUCUUCUGUUCAUUGUAAAUUUUAUAGUAUAGCUUUUUUUUCUUUUCGGGACCAUGUACAGUGCUGUAUGUCAGAGCAGACCUCCCACGCUGAUACCACAUUUGGCCACUUUGGAAAGUAUUCACCCUUUCAUUUUUAUAUGUUUUGUUCUGAUGCAAUAUGAUAUCAGCAAGUUCUUUAAUUUCACAUUUUAUACAAACUAUUCUGAGCAAAUGCAUUUUAAAACCAUAUUGCAGCAAAACCAAACGUGUGGAAGUCAACAGGGAUUCAGGUACCGGAAGAAGCAACAAUAAUACAUGUCUUUUCCCUAUGGAGAAAGUUUACGUUGUAUAUAGACUGUAAAUGUUGGGCUGCAUCUAGAUCUAACUGUAUUAUGUAAAAAGCUGGGGGAAAUAUCAAAUGAAAAAUUUAUU